AUCUCAUCAAAUCAUAAACUCAUUAUGGAGCAAAAAAUAGUUUCUUCUCUUCAUCUUUUCACAGAGUUCAAACCACACAUGCUCAUGAUCUUAGCCCAAAUUUCUUAUACUUUCUUAUAUUUCAUCACUGAAGCUUCCUUCAAUCAUGGAAUGAGUCCUUAUGUUUAUGUUACUUAUCGCCAUGCUAUCGCCGGGGUUGUCAUGCUUCCUUUCGCGUAUUUUCUCGAAAGAAAAGUAAGACCAAAGUUGACAAUUGCUCUAUUUAUGGAGUUUUUUCUGCUUUCAGUGUUAGGGAUGAGUUUAUCUAUAAACUUGUACUUUGCAAGCUUGAAGUAUACUUCUCCAACCUUUCUUUCUUCCAUGUACAACACCAUAUCUUCUCUCACCUUCAUUAUUGCAGUAGUACUAAGGUUUGAGGUUGUUGAUAUUCAUAAUCCACGUGGCAUAGCGAAAGUACUUGGAACUAUAGUGUCCUUGGCUGGAGUUAUGACCAUGACACUAUACAAAGGACCUAUCAUCAGAAAUUUGUGGCAUCCUCUAAUUCAUAUUCCACCAAAAAGUGCUUCUAUUGAUGAGAGUAGCUUAAAGGGCUCACUUCUUACAGUUUCUUGUUGUGUUUUGUUUUCUAUGUCCUACAUCAUGCAGGCUUCCACUUUGAAAAGAUAUCCAGCACAACUAUCACUCACAACAUGGUUGUGUUUUAUUGGAGGAGCACAAUCAGCUGUUUUCACAAUGAUAGCAGAACGCAAUAACCCUUCAGCAUGGAUUAUAGGAUUCAAAUUUGACUUUUGGUCAACAAUAUAUGGGGGGAUUAUUGUUGGUGGUUUGUUCAUAUACGUUAACCUAUGGUGCACUGAGAUAAAAGGACCAGUUUUUGUGACAGUAUUUAACCCUCUAUGUACUAUAUUUGUGACAAUUCUAGCAUAUUUUGUCGUUGGUGAAAAACUUUAUUUGGGCAGUAUCAUAGGGGCAAUUAUUGUGAUCACGGGUUUGUACUUGUUGCUGUGGGGUAAAGAAGGUGACAAUGAGGUUGAUUUCAAGGCCAAAGAUAAAUUGCGGUACAAUAUUGAAGACAUUGAAGAAUGCAAAAUUUAGUUAAUAACUUUAGGUGGAAAGGUAGUUGAGAGAGGUUUACAUCUAAGUGAGAAUAGAAUAGAAUAAAAUGUGUACAUUAGAAUGAGGAUUUUUUAGGUUUAUUCUGGCUAUAUAUGUUUUGUGCAAAGUUCAUUUUCAGCUUCCUGUUUUAGAAGAAUUUUUUUUACUAUUAUCUAUAAUAAUCUAUACCGCCAAAAAAAAUUCAAGCAAUGGAAUGGUUGAGAAUCUCGCCCUAAACAAUGCUCAAGAGAUUCACUAGUAGCGAUUCUCAAGAUUAUGUUAAUGAAAGCGCCUCUUGUUUUAGGAUAAUU